CAAUCUUUGAUACAACUCAACUGUAGAAGUUUCGUCCUAUUAUACCAAGUACAAAGUGACAAAAGGGGAUUGGAUUGGCAAUGAUGGAUUUGCAUUUGCACAAGUUGUCAAAAAUAUUAUUUUAACAAAGUUUCAAGCAUUUUCUCUUUUACGAAACAGCUGAAACAUGACUGAUCCACUGGCAAAAAGUUUUGCAUCAGAAGAUUUCAACCCAGAAAAGUUUGUAAAAGAGUUAAGUGCUCAGUGUGUUGGAGCUGAUGAAUUACGAAAACAGCGAGCAAGAAUUCAGGAACUUGCAGACAGUACAUCUGCUCAGCUCAAGCGAAAUGUCUACCAAAACUAUAUGCAGUUUAUUGAAACUGCAAAGGAAAUAUCACAUCUUGAAAGUGAAAUGUACCAGUUAUCACAAUUUCUCAGUGAACAACGUACUUUGUUAAAUGCCUUGGGAACCAUUGGAACUGCAGGAGUCAUUUUUGAAGGCACAUUAGACGCACAGCAAGAAAACACAACUGAUUUGAUUACUAAAGAAGAUGAACAAAAGCAAAAGCUGUUACAGUUACUGGAGAAUGUUGAGGGCGCUAUGAGUCUAGUCGAAACACCUGGUCGAGUGUGUCUUUACGAAGGAUCCUUAUUAGAACUAGACCCUUUAGAAGGUACUCCGCUAAAGAGGAUUCAUGCAUAUUUAUUUAAUGACGUUUUGAUGGUUGCAUCUUGGUUGGCAACUGGGGCUAGACGAGGGCCACCCAGAUAUAAAAUGCAAGCUGUUUACGAUCUGCAAAGUUUGGCAGUAGUUAAUGUCAGAGAUCUUGGAACCGUGAAAUUAGCCUUCAAGCUUUUAGCUUUUCCUGAUACGAGAGUGUUCCAGUGCGCCACAGCGACGAGCAAGAAAGAAUGGCUGGAAAAGUGUGAGCAAGCGAAGAAAGCUAAAUUAUCUCAGGAAGACCAAACAGAGACUGUAAAUAAAGAUGCAUCCUCGAAAGAUUCUCAACUAAUAUCCUCUCGUUCACUCUCACUUGACUCAAAUACUAUAGUGGAUGACAACGACGAAGUCGACUAUGAACCGCCUCCCGAAUGGUUACUAGAAGUACCAGAAGAUUUAGAUUCUUGUAUAGCCCAAAGGCAUUUUGAAGAAGCCUAUCAUCUUUUGGAAAAAGCAAAGGCCUACCUCGCGGAUGCUCAUCCUACUCCUCACCUGACAGAAAUGAAAAGCAAGAUUCACGAAAGGGCCAACUCGUUGGUAGAUGUCCUGACAAAAGAAUUGGAAUUGAGUGCAGAGGCAAGGUCCUUACAAGGAGGAGGUUUGAGAAGUGCUCGGCGAGCUGUUAGACUUUUGAUACAACUUGAUAGAAGUGCUCAAGGUUGUCAAUUAUAUCUAAAGUUGUGCAGUGCUGCAUUGAAGGCUCGUUUAAAGAGAGUAAAGCGAGAAGGAGCGACUGUUCCUUACAUUAAGCAAUUGAGUGCCAUCGCUUUCAGCAAUAUAGUUGAUACCUCACGAGAGUUCUUGAAGAUCUUCCCAGAUUAUACGAAUUGCACAUCAGCUUUACUAGUAUGGUGCAGUCAGGAGAUAAAACAUCUUACCUCACAUUUAAUAAAACAGAUGUUCAUUCCUCAAGUUACAAUAAGCACUUUGGUAGAAUGCAUAGUUGCAGUUAGAAGUCAUUGUGAUCAGUUAUCCCAGCUUGGGAUGGACUUUCGCUACCAAUUAGAUGGACAGCUCCGCACUCCUCUGGCUAGAGCUCUGCAGGAUGCAGGCGAAAAAUACGUGGAUGCUGUAAAAGUUCGCGCGUCGGAAGACACGUGGCGACCUUCCAAUCUUCAAUCGAGUCAAAAUCUGACCAAGCUAUUAACGGAACUGGAUGACCUUGGAAUCCCGGUACCAGAAUCGUGUCUGACGAGUGACUGCUGGACUUCUUUAACGACGACUACACUAGCCUUUGCCAGAUUGUACAUAGGACUUCUAGAAGACUGCCUUAGUGUUACCACGCCUGAACUCAUAUCGACUGUCGAAGGGGUGCUCGCGUCUGUAAUGAGAGCUCAAGUGCAACAUUUGACCGCAUCUCUCGCAAAUCCAAGACUAAAACAAGAGAGACAGACUGUUCAAGAUAAUGCAGCCUAUGUCCGUGAUGUUAUAAUCGCCCGAGCGCUUGAACUCUACAAAGGUGUAACGAGACAGAGAUUCGUUAAAUUAAUUGCUUUAAAGGAACAAAUUAUUUUUGGACCACCAACUCCAAGUAAACCAAAGCCCGCUCCCAGAACAUCAGUUCAAAAAUAUUCAACGACUGAAUAUAUUUAAUACUCUACCGAACGACACUGAAAAAGUUGAUAAAAUGUAAAGAAAAGAAAUCUUAAUCUUCCAUGUAUACUAAUGUAAUAUAUUGUACAUAAUAUGAAAUAAUUCAACUAAAUUUAUUGUCUACGCUUAAUCUCAUUCUAUCGCCAAUCAAUAUUGGAUUGCUAUAUCCAAACGUCAAUAAAUUGUAGCAACAACUAGGUUUGGACGUAAAUUAACUAUAACUGAUUCGCAAAUACUGUCCUAAAUAUUUACAGAAUUUGUUGUAAAAUAAGAAUUAAAUAUUUCUAGUGUAAAAUCCAA